UCGUCGUGUUGCGUAUUUAAAUUAAUAAUUAAAAAAAUAUCACAAUGGCGCUACGAAUGUUUGGGUCGAGAAUUGCACAACUGAUCGUACCGCAAACAGGACGAGGAACCUCUGUGUCACUGUCACGAGCCGCUUCCACUGAUAAAGGGCCCUCGUUCAACUGGCAAGAUCCACUGAAUCUCGAGUCACAGCUACACGAGGAUGAGAUCGCGAUCCGUGACUCGUUCCGGGCUUACUGCGAGGACAAGCUGGCGGCCCGCGUAAUCGAAGCGAACCGACAGGAGCUGUUCCACCGUGAAAUCAUGACCGAACUAGGUGCGUUCGGUGUGCUCGGAUGUACGAUCCGUGGCUACGGUUGCGCCGGCGUUAGCAACGUUGCGUACGGUCUGCUGGCGCGCGAAGUCGAACGCAUCGAUUCCGGAUACCGGUCGGCUUUCAGUGUCCAGAGCUCACUCUGUAUGGGCGCAAUCUAUGAUUACGGUAGUGAGGCGCAGAAGGAAAAGUAUCUCCCAAGGCUGGCUCGUGGCGAGUUGAUCGGGUGCUUCGGGCUGACAGAACCGAACCACGGCUCUGAUAUUUCAUCGAUGGAAACGCGCGCCGUGCACGAUUCAAAAACGAAGACAUACGUACUGAAUGGAAGCAAAACUUGGAUCACCAACUCACCGAUCGCGGACGUUUGUAUCGUGUGGGCCAAGACGGAAGAUGGCAAGGUGCGAGGCUUUAUCGUCGAUCGCUCCGAAAGCAGCGCCGGACUGGCGACACCGAAAAUUGAAGGCAAGUUUUCUUUACGUGCCUCCGCAACGGGAAUGAUUCUGAUGGAUGAGGUACGAGUGCCGGAAGAAAAUAUGCUGCCAAACGUCUCGGGUAUGAGGGGACCGUUCGGAUGUUUGAACAAUGCGCGUUACGGUAUCGCGUGGGGCGCAAUGGGAGCAGCUGAGUCGUGUCUGAAAGUGGCCCGUGACUACACGCUUGAGCGGAAGCAAUUCAAAAAACCAUUAGCCGCAAACCAGCUGAUGCAGAAGAAAAUGGCCGACAUGCUGACGGAAAUCAACCUCGGUUUGGCCGCCUGUUUGCACGUGGGACGAUUGAAGGAUAAGAAAAUGCACACACCGGAAAUGAUAUCGAUGCUCAAGCGGAAUAACGCCGGUAAGGCACUGGAAAUCGCACGGGUAGCACGCGAUAUGCUCGGAGGAAACGGUAUUGCGGAUGAGUAUCACAUCAUCCGACACGUAAUGAAUCUGGAAGCGGUCAACACUUACGAAGGAACGCACGAUAUCCACGCUCUUAUCCUUGGACGUGCCAUUACGGGUCUGCAAUCAUUUUCCUAAGGAAAUCAAUGUUAUCAAGAGUGGUUUGGUGGUGC